AUGACUCGAGGUGGAUAUCGUGCAGACAAAUCCUCAGGUAUAAGUAAGACUGUCAAUCAUGCAAAAAUUCCUUGUAUUCUAUUACUAGUGGUUGAACAGGAUAAUACAAGUUCCAUCCCUAGCAGUAUGCCAACCAAUCAAAUACUACUGCCCAAUCAUACGCCAUUGGCUCAAACAUUGGGAGAAAGAAGUGCCCUAGUCAUUCUUGAGAUAUCUCUUAUUUUACCUAACCAAAGCAACCCAACAGGCCAGAAUAUGAAUGCUCAAAGCAACACAGCAGUUGAGGGAACAACUAGUCAGAGAAAUGUAUCUGGUUCAGGGAAUGAUGUCAUCAAUGUUUUCACUGUUAUUAUUGGUGUUGGAUUUGAUGUUCCAAAGGUUGGAACCUUCUUCAAAAUGCUGCAGUUCCAUGACAUUUCUUUCAAAAGUGGAGUUGAUCCCAAUGGGAUCAACUGGAAAGGUGUCUCUAAAGAUGUCAAAGAUGGUUAUUUUGGAGAAUUCAAGAAGAAUUUCUAUUGGUAUGCUUCAGUUAGUGAAGCAGUGGUGAAGCAACAAUGGUCGAAGAAGGCUUGGAUGAAACUUUGGGAAAGUGAUAGAUGUAUUAAGAAUUCCAAGAUAAAUUCAAAGAACCAUUGUGGUAGCCGAGAAGUAGCUGCUAGGACACACACUGGUGGCUCUAUCACAGCUGGAGAGCACCAAAAGAAACUUCAAGCUGCUGGCCUUGCUACUAUUUUGUUUGAUUUGUUGCGGUGUCCUUUUAGCUGUUGCUAUUUAGGUGAUACUGCUGGAUUCUUGGCUGGUACCUUGUGUGAAUUCUUGCCUUUAUGGGCUGCACUUCUUGUUGGUGCUAUUCAGAACUUUAUUGGUUAUGAUGUUUCAAAGCUUCUAUUUUUUAUGAUGGAAUUGUUAAUAGCUGCUGCAAAUAGAGCUUCCACUGCUGCUAGAGUUGCUGCUAUCAUAAAAAAGUAUGAAGAAAUUGUACGGAACAAAUUACAGUGUGAAUCAGAAAUUGAUCAAUUGGAAUCAUAUUAUGAAGCUACGGGAGGAGCAAAGAAGAAAAAAUUAUUUGGUCUUGGGUCUGAAGCUGAAAGUUACUAUGGGAAAAAAAGUUGUGCCUGUAAUGCCUCCACAUUAUCAGUACCACGUUCAGUUUCUUUAUCGACAACAAAUUUGGAGGAGUUUGUGAAACAAUUGAUUCCGGCACUUACUACUCAUUUUCUUUCGAUAGUUAUUGAGCGUAUUGGUGGUAUUAUGGUACAAGAAGGGGCCGUGCUUGAUCCUCCUCCUACUAUUGAUGAUGAUGAUGACGUUGAUUCCUAG